GAUCCCAGUCUUCGCGAUCAACAUCCAAAAGGCUUUGCGGCCUUCGAUAGGGUCUUCUUUUCGUGAACGACAAACCACCAAUGGCGGAUUCAGAACCAGCCGGUGGACGCGGGGAUUUUCGUGGUGGAUUCGGUGGUAGAGGCCGUGGAAGAGGUAGGGGACGCGGACGUGGACGAGGAAGAGGUCGUGGGAAGGCCGAGGAUAAGGAGUGGGUGCCAGUAACCAAACUUGGACGUCUUGUCAAGGAUCUGAAGAUAAAGAAUCUUGAACAGAUCUACUUGUUCUCUCUUCCCAUCAAGGAAUUUGAGAUCAUUGACUUUUUCCUUGGAGCUGCUCUAAAGGAUGAAGUCUUAAAGAUCAUGCCUGUCCAAAAACAGACUAGAGCUGGUCAGCGAACAAGAUUCAAAGCAUUUGUUGCUAUUGGAGACUACAGUGGUCAUGUUGGACUUGGUGUAAAAUGCUCCAAAGAAGUAGCAACAGCAAUCCGUGGUGCUAUCAUUUUGGCUAAGCUGUCGGUCAUUCCUGUUAGGCGUGGUUACUGGGGUAACAAAAUUGGUCUUCCUCACACUGUCCCCUGCAAAGUUACUGGUAAAUGUGGUUCUUCUGUUGUACGACUGAUCCCAGCCCCCAGAGGAACUGGUAUUGUUUCUGCUCCGGUGCCUAAAAAAUUACUUCAGAUGGCUGGUAUUGAGGAUUGUUAUACUUCAACCAGAGGACAAACAGCUACCCUUGGAAACUUUGCCAAAGCCACUUUCCAGGCUAUAUCAAAAACUUAUUGCUACCUUACUCCAGACAUGUGGAAAGAAACUGAGUUCACCAAGACCCCUUACCAAGAGUUCACAGACUACUUGGCUAAGAACCAUGGUCAGAAAUCUGUUCCUAGUGAACCUGUUAAAUACUAAACAAAGUAUUCAAUAAAUCAUUCUAACUUUGA